AUGAAAAGAAAAAGGCAGGAAGGGAGAGCGUCCCAACCAGAGAAAAAACAGAAAAUUUUGGAGGAACCUAUUCACGGUCCUCGACCUAUCGUUAAUCAGUUCCUUUGUUUUGCGGAAAGAUGUUUACCUUGUAAGGUGUUGUUGGAUACUGGUGCAACUGGUCCUGGUUUGUCUGCUGUUUUUGUUGAUAGUUUUGAGGUCCCGAAGGUGAAACGACACGUCCCGGCCCGGGUAUUUGGAUUUACGGGUGAAAUUAUGAAGGGCACGGGACACGCCUUUACACAACCAUUAAUUAUAAUGUCAAGGGGGCAUCAAACACAGUUGUCAUUCGAGAUCGCCCCUCUCCCGGUUGGCAUUGAUGCAAUAUUACCGAACUGGUGGUUGAAAGAACACAAGCCGGUUAUAGGGGCAAAUGGGGAAGUUUCCUACGAUGGUGAGAACUGCAAGAGUCGAUGCUUCACUGACAAGGAACCUCAAAUAGAAAUGGAUAAGGGUGUACUAGACGAUCCGGAGGCCCAAUUCAUCGGUAGCAUCUGCCUACUGGAGGAUGAAUCGAUCAACCUCCGCGAGACUCUUCCCUCUUGGCUCCAUGGGUUCCUUAAAGUCUUCCUACCAUCGGAAGCAGACAAACUACCACCUCAUCGAUCCUACGACCAUGCGAUAGAUCUCGAACCAGGAAAGCAGCCACCAUGGGGACCCCUUUACUCCCUAUCCGAAGUCGAACUGAAGGUGCUUCGGGAGUACCUGGAUAAAAUGUUACGAUUGGGAAAGAUUAGGCUGAGCAAAUCCCCAGCAGGAGCCCCAAUCCUAUUUGUGAAGAAGAAGGACGGUACUCUGCGACUUUGCGUAGACUACCGUGGACUUAACCGUGUGUCCAUCAAGAACAGGUAUCCUCUACCGCUUAUGGACGAACUACGAGAUCGAGUAGUAGGCGCGGUUAUCUUCUCGAAGAUUGACCUGAAGGAAGGUUACAACCUCAUCAGGAUCAAAGACGGCGACGAGUGGAAGACAGCAUUCCGUACGCGGUACGGGCAUUUUGAGUACCUCGUCAUGCCUUUUGGGCUGGCAAAUGCGCCGGCGACCUUCCAGAAUAUGAUGAAUGAUGCGCUGAGGGAAUUCUUGGAUCAAGGUGUCGUAGUAUACCUUGAUGACAUCCUAAUAUAUAGCAAGUCUCGAGAGGAGCACAGAGAGUUGGUCGGUAAAGUCCUUAGUAGGCUACAAGAAUACAACCUGGUCGCCAACCCGAAGAAAUCGUUCUUCGAGCUCACCGAAAUCGAGUUCCUCGGAUACAUCCUUGCCCCAGCAGGUGUCACCAUGGCACUGGAUAAGGUUAUGUCUGUUAUGAAUUGGCAAGCCCCGCGCAGCGUUAAGGAAGUACAGAUCUUUAUGGGCUUUGCCAACUUCUACAGAAGGUUUAUCCACAAUUUCUCCGGGGUCUGUAAACCCAUUACCGAUUGUCUCAGGGGUGAUGCUAAGAACUUUGUCUGGUCUAUGACGGCGCAAGCAGCCUUCAAAAAACUCAAAACCCUGUUUACGUCUGCGCCGAUCUUGGUACACUUUUCUCCAGAUCGCCAGACUAUCGUGGAAACGGACACAAGUGAUUUUGCUAUCGCCGCAAUUCUAUCCCAGGUUAUUGACGGAAAGACUCACCCUGUUGCCUUUUAUUCUCGAAAACUUAACCCAGCGGAACUCAACUACGACGUCUGGGAUAAGGAGAUGCUAGGAAUUGUUCGAACGGUCCUCGUCUAUACGGAUCACAAGAACUUAGAGUACUUCUCUACGACCAAGGUUCUUAACCGACGACAGGCAAGGUGGGCUGAGUCUUUGGCGGAAUUUGACUUCAAGAUUAUCUACUGCCCGGGAACCAAAAAUGGGAAGGCAGAUGCACUAUCGCGAUGGCCGGAGUACCGUCCUGAAGGGGGAGGCACGCUUGGGAAACAGCUGAUAGACAGGUUCUUUAAGCCCGGACAGUUGGCGGAGGAAGAGUUUGUGGUAUCAGCGGUGUCCCUUGCCUCCAAGGGGGUGAUUGACUGGUCGAAGAAUUUUCUGGAUCAUGUCAGGCAGGCGGCAUCGGGAGACCCGAUAUGGGUAGGAAUGAAAGAGAGAGUUGAGCAAGGGGAGAAGCUGGGGGAACCGAAGGAUAUUGCUGAGAAAGACGGGCUACUUUUCUAUAAGAACCGACUUUAUAUUCCGGCAGACGACCGCAUCAAGAUCCGAAUCGCACAAGCAGAACAUGACUCGAAGGUGGCAGGACACUUUGGACAAGACAAAACUUUGCAACUUAUCACGCGCAACUUCUAUUGGCCAAAAAUGAACGAGUGGAUUGCUAAUUACGUUCGGUCAUGUGACGAGUGUCAGUGCAACAAACCCAGCCGCCACAAGAAAUAUGCUGCGCUUCUUUCACUGUCCACACCACAUUCUGUCUGGCAAUCGAUAUCAAUGGACUUUCUCGUACAGUUACCGGAAUCAAAAGGAUAUAAUCAAAUCUGGGUAGUAGUCGAUAGGUUCUCGAAGAUGUCGCACUUCAUCCCACUAGUAGCAGAAACGACCGCGCAGGAUUUAGCGAAGAUAUUCCUCGGUCAAAUCUGGCGACUCCAUGGGCUGCCUCUUGAUAUAGUUUCCGACAGGGACGCCAAGUUUACUUCGAGCUUUUGGGCAUCCCUUAUGGAAUUAUUGGACGUGAGGAUAAGAAUGAGUACGGCUUUCCACCCUCAGACCGAUGGGCAAACAGAGCGGGUCAACCAAACCCUCGAGCACUACUUACGAGCAUUCUGCAACCACGAACAAGAUGAUUGGGCAGAGCUACUCCCGUUGGCGGAGUAUGCUUACAACAACUCGGUUACCACCGCCACGGGUCAAUCUCCGUUCUACACCAAUUACGGGUACAACUCAAUAACCAACUGGCCGACUGAAGCUGAAGUGGUCAACCCAACCAGUGACCUGUACGCUCACUUCAUCCGAGGAGUUCACGAUUCUGCUCUCGCUCGCUUAACAGACACCAGGGAGAAGAUGGGGAAAUACUAUGAUCGGAAAAGGGACGAAUCGCCUAACUUCAAGGUGGGAGACAUGGUUAUGCUUAAUGCAACCAAUAUCAAGACACGUCGCUCCACCGAGAAACUCGAUCAUAAGAAGCUCG